AUGAUUUCAGAGGUCUCGGGUUCAACAUCCCUUUGGACCAAUACUUCCAUAUCCGCGAGCAUCUUCGUCCUACCCAUGUGUCUUUCAGCUCUUGUUCGAAGCAGCGUGCUUGUCAAAAGGUCCUACAAGUACUGGCUGCAUGCCGCCUUCCUUUUCUCCGACUCUUCUUGCGCUUCAGCAAACAGUCUUGUGAUAGAUUCUUCCAGCUUGACAUACCCACCCUCCGACUCGUUCGCAUCAAGCAGGCUAUCAAAUUUCAUAGAAGAGCUGAAUCCAGAGACGACGCGUCCCUUUUCAUUGUUCGUCUUUGUAUUCUUUCCCGUUGCGGAUGCAAACCCUUCUGCGAGCUUGACGCGACGGCCUUCUAGUAGCAUACCGGAAUUGGUCAGCGGGAAAUCAAGAGAAAAGAAGCUUCGGACUCUUUCCAUUAACUAG